AAUACUUUGGGUCUGUGGCUCAGCCUAGCCAUACCGACACUAUUUUCUACGGUUUUAAAUCAUAUCACGUCACCUACACUUGCGUGAACAUCAAAGAGACGUUAGAUUAUCAUGUAAGAGAUUGAGAAGAUUAUUGUGUCACUGUUCUGAGGAAAAACUCGUGUGUACAAUCUUUUGACAUUUAUCUUUAAACUUUAAAGUUUCAGACGUUGGGGUAAAGAGAAGAAGUGCAUUAGUGCCAAUCAGUUGCUCCACGGCGACGAGGAUCAGAUCCAUGUCCGCUUCUUCUUCCUCCUCCACGAACCUGAUGGCUGGUGAGGAUGCGAAUAGCGGCGUUACAGUGCUUCCGGUGGUUGAAGACAAGUACGGUGGCGUGAUGACGGAGAUUAGUCAUCCCAUGGAUCCUUCUGCCUUCUCUGCACUUCUCCAAUCAUCUCUCUCUACCUGGACUACUCAGGGAAAGAAGGGAGUGUGGAUCAAAUUGCCUAGACAGCUUAUUGGUCUUGCCGAAGCUGCUGUCAAGGAGGGGUUCUGGUUUCAACACGCGGAGAAGGAUUACUUGAUGCUUGUGUAUUGGAUUCCCAUAGAAGGCGAUACAAUUCCUUCCAAUGCCUCUCACCGUGUUGGCAUUGGUGCCUUCGUCAUUAACCACAGGAAAGAGGUGCUGGUGGUUCAAGAGAAGACAGGAAGGUUUCAAGGCCAAGGUAUCUGGAAGUUCCCCACCGGAGUAGUCAAUGAGGGUGAAUAUAUCCAUGAUGGCUCGGUCAGAGAGGUGAAAGAAGAGACCGGAGUGGAUACAGAAUUUGUACAAGUAUUGGCUUUCAGACAGACCCACAAAGCUUUCUUUGAAAAGUCAGAUUUGUUCUUCGUGUGCAUGUUAAAGCCCCUUUCAUUGGAGAUCAAUGCACAAGAGACAGAGAUAGAGGCUGCUCAGUGGAUGCCAUGGGAGGAAUACACAAAGCAACCAUUCGUACAGAACCAUGAGCUGUUAAGAUAUAUGACAGCCAUUUGCUCUGCUAAAGCCAACGGAGACUACGAAGGCUUCACUCCUCUCCGUGUCUCUGCACCUGAUCAACAAGGCAACUUGUACUUCAACACCCGCGACCUCCGUUCCCGCCAUUAACCCCUCCUCUUUCUUACAACAAGCAAAGCAAAUCUCUACAGUUUUCAUCAAAGCUGGUUUCUUUGUAAGCAUAUUGACACUUAAAUACAAGACUAAACGGAGCAGAUCCGUGAGCGAAUCAUAUUGUUUCAAAUACACACUUGGGUCUCUCUUUACACA